CACGUAGAACGCCUAUUGCCACGUAUGUAGUUUUUUUUCCCCCUUUUUUUCUUCUCCUUUUUCUUCGCUCUUCUUUCUGGUUUCCGCUUCAGACUCAGUGCGAGUGACGGCAUGGACGAUCCAACUCAACUCCUCGAAGCAGCUUCUGAUUUUGCUAACUACCCAGGGCUGCUAAGCGAUGAUUCCGCUAGGGACUUUCUCAAUCGCUUCCCUCUCCCGCUCAUUAUCAAUGCGUUACAGACUCAAUUUGAUGUGCCUGGCCUAGAAAGUACUCUAGUUGCAUGCCUUGAUAGGUUAUUCAAUACGAAGUUUGGCGCUUCUUUGAUCCCACAGUAUAUGCCUUUUGUUCAAGUUGGUUUGCAGACAGAUUCUCAAGCAGUCAGAUCCUUAGCUUGCAAAACAGUCACUUGCCUUCUAGAGAAUAUUGACAAUGAUUACAAAGUUGCUGUUCGACUAAUUGAAGACUCUAACAUAUAUCCUCUUUUGCUUGAUUGCCUUAUAAAUGGCAAUGAACAAGUGGCAGCUGUGGCAACGGAUGCAAUUAAAAUGUUAGCUGGUUUUCCUGAAGGCAUGGAAAUUAUCUUUCCAUCUGCCAAAGAGGGUGGUACAGACCUAGCGAUUUUUGCAUCAAAAUGUUCAUCACUGGGUCGAGUUCGUGUACUGGCUUUAGUGGUGAAGCUUUUUUCUGUAUCUAGGUCAGCAGCAUCUACCAUUUACAGAUCAAAUCUACUUAAAUUGUUGGAAGCAGAAAUCAGAAAUGCAGAUGAUACCCUUGUAACUUUAAGUGUUUUGGAGCUUUUAUAUGAGCUAGCAGAAAUUGAACAUGGUACAGAAUUUUUGUCAAAGACUAGCAUCCUUCAAUUGCUUUCAUCAAUAAUUAGCAACAAUUCUAUGGAAUCAAUUUUAAGAUCAAGAGCAAUGAUGAUAAUUGGAAGGCUACUGUCCAAGGACAUUAUAUACUCCUUCACAGAUGAACCUUGUGUUAUAGCUGUUAUUUCAUCUAUUGACGGUAGACUUCAGUCAUUGGAACCUUCAGAUAGAGAUGAAUGUGAAACUGCACUUGAAUCAUUGGGUCAAAUGGGAUCAUCUGUCCAAGGAGCCACAUUACUACUCUCAGGUUUAUUGCCUGCUGCUAGACAUGUUAUAUAUGCCGCUUUUGAUCGACAAGGACCACAAGGACAUGGUAAACAGCUGGCUGCAUUGCAUGCUCUUGGAAAUAUCUCGGGAGAAACCAGAUCUGAGAGUAACAUCAUACUGAAUGCUGAAGCAGAAGAAAACCUGCGACGCCUAAUAUAUGAAACAGCAUCCAGAAGCUCAAAGUUGACACCAUCGGGUCUUUUUCUGUCUGUUUUGCAGCAGGAUUCAGAAAUACGUCUAGCGAGCUAUAGAACGAUAAGUGGAUUGGUUGCCCGACCAUGGUGCUUGAUGGAGAUAUGCUCAAAACAAGAGAUUAUAGAUAAAGUGACCAACCCGAGUACUGAAACCACAAAAAUAGGUAUGGAAGCUAGAUAUAACUGCUGCAAGGCGAUACAAAGAUCAUUGACAUUGUCUAGUAGAGUUUCUGCUGAUCCUGCUUUUGCAGGAAUAGCAGCAAAGUUGCAGGAAGCUAUUGGAAUGGGUCCAUAUCUUGUUAAAAAAAGGGUUGAAGUUCAACCUAUUGUGGAGACGGCUGACAGAUUUUAGUUUACACACCUGCCUGGUCAGCAAAUACAUGUAAUAGGGUUAUAUUUUCUUUUCUUGCCCCUCUAAUACAAUGUGCAGUACCAUAGAACAAAAUCCUUUUUGCUCAAAGUCAAAUGUUGGAACUUAAUGGAAUAAGUAUAUUUGUCAUAAUUUUGAGUGGAUUAUAUUUCAAUGACUUUUUUCAACUCAAGCAAAUAAUGAUUCUAUUCAACUGUUAACAUUA